AGAACCACAAGCACACACAGCCUUCUGCCACCGAGCAGAGUACCUGAGGCGAACGGUGGGUUACUCUUUCCCCCGGGUUUUCACGCCAGCCGAGUUUUUUUUGUCUGUCUAGGGACUGAACCCUCGCCUCCUCUGGACCCGGGCAUGGCGUCGAACAGCAUCUUUGACUCCUUCACGACGUACUCUUCGCCCUUCCUCCGGGAUCCCAGCACCAGCCGGCGCUUCACACCUCCCUCCACGGCCUUCCCCUGCGGCGGAAAGAUGGGCGAGAACAGCGGGGCGCUCAGCACACAGGCCGCCGCCGCCGCCGCAGGACCGCUGGGAAGGGCCCGGCCCGAGGGGCGCUCCAUGGUGGACGUGCUGGCCGACCACCCGGGAGAGCUGGUCAGGACCGACAGCCCCAACUUCCUCUGCUCCGUCCUGCCCUCGCACUGGCGCUGCAACAAGACCCUGCCCGUCGCCUUCAAGGUGGUGGCCCUGGGAGACGUUCCAGAUGGGACCGUGGUGACCGUGAUGGCCGGGAAUGACGAGAACUACUCGGCCGAGCUGCGGAACGCCUCGGCCGUCAUGAAGAAUCAAGUGGCCAGGUUUAAUGACCUGAGGUUCGUGGGGCGAAGUGGCCGAGGAAAAAGUUUCACCCUGACCAUCACCGUGUUCACCAACCCCACUCAGGUCGCCACCUACCACCGGGCCAUCAAAGUGACCGUCGACGGACCCCGGGAGCCAAGAAGGCACAGGCAGAAGCUGGAAGACCAGAACAAAUCUUUCACUGAACGCUUUGGCGAAAUCGACCGGCUGAGAAUGAGAGUCACCCCGGCCACCCCCAGCCCCCGCGGCUCCCUCGGCACCCCCGGCCACUUCAGCACCCAGGCCCAGACUCCCAUCCAAGGCACGCCGGACCUCAACCAGUUCGACCCGCGCCAGUUCGACCGCUCCUUCCCCACCCUGCCCGCCCUCACCGAGACCCGGUUCUCCGACCCGCGGAUGCAUUACCCGGGCGCCAUGUCGGCGGCCUUCCCUUACACCGCCACACCCUCCACCACCGGCAUCGGCGGCAUCAGCAUGACGGGCAUGCCCGCCGCCACCCGCUUCCACCACACCUACCUGCCGCCCCCCUACCCGGGCUCGGCCCAGAACCAGAGCGGACCCUUCCAGGCCAACCCCUCGCCCUACCACUUGUACUACGGCACGUCCUCCGGGUCGUACCAGUUCUCCAUGGUGGCGGGCGGGGAGCGGUCCCCCACCCGCAUGCUCUCCUCCUGCACCAGCGGCCCCGCGGGGAACAACCUCAUGAACCCCAGCCUGGCCAACCAGAGCGACGGCGUGGACGCCGACGGGAGCCACAGCAACUCCCCGACGGCCAUGACGACCACCGGCAGGAUGGACGAAUCCGUGUGGCGGCCUUACUGACGACGGACCGAUCGGGGCCCGGGGGAGCCCGCGGCGGUGGGGGUGGGCGGGGGAGGGCGCGAGGGGUCGGCCGGGCGGGGCUCCCGGCACCGCGGAACGGACAGGCGGGCGGCCCGGCUGGACACAUUUCAGAGCACCGGGCGUGCGUGAGACUUGAAUCUCGGCCACCCACCCCGGGGCCCGUGGGCGGCUCUCUGUAAAUAGGACCCCGAUGGGGAAUCUGUAUAGCUGGUGUAUGUGUUUUAAGAAGAAACUAAAAUUCAUCUCAUUCUGA